GGACAGGCCGGACGCCGCUCGGUCCUCUUCCGCCUCCGGAGUCCGCCCGCAGCCCGAAGGAUGCGGCAGUAGCGGGAUGGUUGGCUGCGCGAUCUGGCAUGUCGUCCUGGACGGCCGAGCUGAAGGAGGGCGCUUCCGUGGCUAAGUUCUUCCUGGGCUGCCCAGAUGAGGAGGUGGACUUCCCGGCAGCAGAGCUGAAGAUGGAGGAGCUGCCCUUCUUUGAGGAUGAGGAGGAGGAGGAAGAGUCGCCUCCAGAACGGCAGAUUGUGGUUGGCAUUUGUGCAAUGACCAAAAAGUCCAAAUCCAAGCCCAUGACACAAAUCCUGGAGCGACUGUGCAAGUUUGAAUACAUCGCGGUGGUGAUCAUGGGGGAAGAUGUCAUCCUGAACGAGCCGGUGGAGAAGUGGCCGGCCUGCGACUGCCUCAUCUCCUUCCACUCCAAAGGGUUUCCUCUGGACAAAGCCGUUGCUUAUGCCAAGCUCUGCAACCCUUUUCUGAUUAACGACCUUGAUAUGCAAUAUUACAUCCAGGACAGGCGGGAGGUAUACCGGAUCCUGCAGGAGGAGGGAGUAGACCUGCCUCGUUAUGCGGUGCUCAACCGGGACCCUGAUCGCCCAGAGGAGUGCAGCCUGGUGGAGGGGGAGGACCAUGUGGAGGUCAAUGGGGCCAUUUUCCCCAAGCCCUUUGUGGAAAAGCCAGUCAGUGCUGAGGACCACAAUGUCUACAUCUACUAUCCUUCUUCGGCUGGCGGGGGCAGCCAGCGCCUUUUCCGCAAGAUUGGGAGCCGCAGCAGUGUCUACUCUCCAGAGAGCAGCGUACGGAAGACCGGAUCAUACAUUUAUGAGGAGUUCAUGCCUACAGAUGGCACGGAUGUCAAGGUCUACACGGUGGGUCCCGACUACGCACACGCUGAGGCACGGAAAUCCCCUGCUCUCGAUGGGAAGGUGGAACGGGAUAGCGAAGGAAAGGAGAUCCGCUACCCAGUUAUGUUAACAGCCAUAGAGAAGCUGGUAGCCCGGAAAGUCUGUGUGGCCUUCAAGCAGACAGUGUGCGGCUUUGACUUACUGCGGGCCAAUGGCCAGUCCUUCGUCUGUGAUGUCAAUGGCUUCAGUUUUGUGAAGAACUCUAUGAAGUACUAUGAUGACUGUGCCAAGCUCCUUGGGAACAUCAUCAUGCGUGAAAUGGCUCCCCAGUUCCAGAUCCCCUGGUCCAUCCCCACAGAAGCAGAAGACAUCCCCAUCGUGCCUACCACUUCAGGGACAAUGAUGGAGCUACGGUGUGUGAUUGCAGUUAUAAGGCAUGGUGAUCGGACCCCCAAACAGAAGAUGAAGAUGGAAGUGAAGCAUCCCAGAUUCUUUGUUCUAUUUGAAAAAUACGAGGGCUACAAGACUGGGAAGCUGAAACUGAAAAAGCCAGAGCAGCUUCAGGAGGUGCUGGACAUUGCUCGGCUGCUAGUGCAGGAGCAGAGUGCUCUCGGGGAUGCGGUGGCCGAGGAGCAGAAGUCAAAACUGGAGCAGCUCAAGACCGUGUUGGAGAUGUACGGACACUUCUCUGGAAUCAACCGCAAAGUGCAAUUGACCUACCUGCCUCAUGGGCAUCUGAAGGCUUCCAGUGAGGAAGAAGAUCUCAAGGAAGCCUCCCCAUCUUUGCUCUUGGUGCUGAAGUGGGGGGGCGAGCUGACCCCUGCUGGCCGAGUGCAAGCGGAGGAGCUGGGCCGAGCCUUCCGCUGCAUGUAUCCAGGGGGCCAAGGAGACUAUGCUGGUUUUCCAGGCUGUGGCCUCCUUCGACUGCACAGCACCUACCGCCACGAUCUCAAGAUCUACGCCUCCGAUGAGGGCAGAGUCCAGAUGACAGCGGCAGCAUUUGCAAAGGGCCUCCUUGCUCUGGAGGGGGAGCUGACGCCCAUCCUAGUGCAAAUGGUGAAGAGCGCCAACAUGAACGGUCUGCUGGAUAGCGACAGUGACUCCCUCAGCAGCUGCCAGCACCGGGUGAAGGCUCGUCUGCGGGAGAUUAUGCAGAAAGACGUCUCAUUUUGCACAGAGGACUAUGAGAAGCUGGCGCCAACAGGCAGUACUUCGCUCAUCAAGUCCAUGAGGAUCAUUGGGAAUCCAGUGGAGACCUGUGAACAAGUCUUUAAGCUGAUUGAGAACCUCACUUCCCAGAUCCAGAAACGUCUGGAGGACCCCAAGUCUGCUGACUUGCAGCUGUACCACAGUGAGACCCUGGAGCUGAUGCUGCAACGCUGGAGGAAGCUGGAGCAAGACUUCCGACUGAAGAACCGGCGUUACGAUAUCAGCAAGAUCCCCGACAUCUACGACUGUGUCAAAUACGACAUACAGCACAAUGCUGGCCUGCAGCUGGAAGGCACCCAUGAGCUGCUCCGGCUCUCUAAGGCGCUGGCGGAUAUUGUCAUCCCCCAGGAGUACGGCAUCAGCCAACAGGAGAAGCUGGAGAUUGCGGUGGGCUUUUGCCUGCCUCUCAUCAAGAAGAUUCAGCUGGACCUGCAGCGAACCCACGAGGAUGAGUCUGUCAACAAGCUGCACCCCUUGUAUUCCAGGGGAGUCCUGUCUCCAGGGCGUCAUGUCCGGACACGUUUGUACUUCACCAGUGAGAGCCACGUCCAUUCCCUACUUAGCAUCUUCCGCUAUGGAGGCCUGCUAGAUGCCUCAAAGGACGCCCAGUGGAAGAGAGCCAUGGACUACUUGGGAGCCAUUUCAGAGCUGAACUACAUGACCCAGAUUGUCAUCAUGUUGUAUGAGGACAACAACAAGGACCCAUCAUCCAAGGAGAGGUUCCAUGUGGAGCUGCACUUCAGUCCCGGAGUGAAAGGCUGCGAGGAGGAAGGCAGUGCCCCAGCGGGAUGCGGCUUCCGCCCAGCCUCUGCAGAGAAGGAGGUCAGAAAGCCAGAGCAGGGAAGUCUAGAGGACCUGGAGGAGUCCAAGGGCAAUGAUGAGACAGACAGGGUGGAGGCCCGGUCCCCGCAGCCUUCGGAGCCGGUCUGCAUCCAGCGCCGGUCACCCUUGAUCCGGAACCGCAAGGCUGGCUCCAUGGAGGUGCUGUCCGAGUCAUCCAAAUCCAGCGGGUACCGGCUCUUUUCCUACGCCAGGCAUUCAUCAGAAGGGAAACAAAGUGGCUUGG